CCGGUUUCACUGCUCCAUCACGAGCCACUGGGAACGGGUUGCCCGGGAAACGGCCGCAAUGGCAACAGAUCAGAGCCUGGGGGUUGUCUGCUUCUAGGUCUGCUCCCAUUUUACAUCGCAUUUCCUCACUAGAUGGUGUGCGAGCCACUGGAGAGUACACUUCCCCGCACAGUGGGCUCUACAUCCAGCAAAAACAAACCUGGGAAACUACACGGCGGACCGUUUCUUUACGGGGCACCGAGGAGGAAAAGUGUGGAAAUAAAGCGUCGUUCACGUCAAGGUUUUUCUUUCUUUUUUAAGCUGACUCUUCGCCUUUUUUUCUUCUUCUUGCAACACGAAGACUUGGGGAAAAAAAGCGGCAACAAAAUACAGCCGUGAUGGACAUAAUGGUUGCGGUGCAGGAUGCUUGUGUCUCUGGUCAGUGGCUUACUGCGAUAAUUCUCAGCCUGUGCUGCGUUCUGCCGUCAUGUUUGCCGGCCGGACAAACUGUGGACUAUUCCUCGGUUGAAAGUGUGGUCAGCAGACAAGGCGACACGGCUCUCCUGAGGUGCUACCUAUUGGAUGGGAUCUCGAAAGGAGCCUGGCUGAACCGCUCAAGCAUCAUUUUCGCAGGGAACGACAAGUGGUCCGUGGACCCCCGUGUCUCCAUUGUGUCCAGCGUUGGAGAUAAACACGAGUACAGCCUUCAGAUACAGAAAGUGGAUGUAUCCGACGACGGCCAGUACACAUGCUCCAUUCAGAGUGAGCGCAACCCACGGCCAAAGCUCCUCAACCUCAUUGUAAAAGUUCCUCCCAAGAUAUAUGACAUUUCCUCUGACAUCACGGUUAACGAGGGCAGCAAUGUGUCCCUCAUCUGUACAGCCAGUGGGAAACCCGAGGCAAGCAUUUCCUGGAGACACAUAACCCCAUUAGCCAGGAAGCAUGACAGUGGCGAAUAUCUUAACAUCACCGGCAUCACAAGGGACCAGGCUGGAGACUACGAAUGCAGCGCUUUAAAUGACAUUGCCUCUCCUGACACCAAAACAGUAAAAGUCACAGUCAACUUUGCCCCAUCUAUCCAUGAGAUGAAAAGCCAUGGAGUUGGUCUGGGACGCACAGCUCUGCUCAGGUGCGAGGCCGCUGCUGUACCUUCUCCAACAUUCGAGUGGUACAAGGGUGAGAAAAGGAUUAUCAAGGGUCAAGGCAUCGACAUCAAGAGCCUCAGCUCCAGAUCAGUCCUCACAGUGAACAACAUGACAGAGGAUCGUUACGGGAACUACACAUGUGUCGCCUCCAACAAGCUAGGGAUGGUUAAUGCCAGUGUGCCUCUCAUCCCGCCCAACACUGCACCCUAUGGGAGCACAGGGAGCGCACACAUCCCGCUGGCCUGCCAGUACCUGGUCCUGGCGCUCUCCUCCUUCAUCAGCGUGUACUAGCGGAGGGUCCGGACACAAUGACUGUCGAGAGCAUUUAUGAAUCCUUUGUGACAUUGCUGAAGGCUGGAAUCCAAUCUGGUACAGUUUGUUGAAAAGCCGUGAUGGGGGAAAUAAUCAGCGUUACGUUGUAUGGGGAAAUGUUCUUCUUUUGAUUUUAUUUGCUUUUUUGGUGAAAUUUCUGUCAUGUAAAUACUAUGAUGUUUUUUAUUAUUAUUAUUAUUAUCAUUAUUGUUUCCUCUCUUCUUCUUUUCUGAUUGAUCAACCACCUUGUGAAUCAGUGCUCACCCAGCCCCCCCCCCCCCCCCUUACCUUCAAUCAUAUCACCUUCCCCCCCACCCCCAACUUCAUAAAUGAGUUAAUUUCAUGCUUCUCUCUUUGGGAGGCAAUGGCGCAAAAUUGACAUUUCCAUCCGUUUUUGUACAUGGCAAAAAAAAAAGAAGCAAUUGUGCCAAGUCUCUCAGUACACAGAAUUAACAUACAAAUGUUGUAUUGAAUGUAUUAUGGGUUGUUGAACAAAGGAAAGACAUUUAGAUUCCUAACAAUACAAAUUGAGAUUAUCGAGUGUGCGUAACAAAUAGA